GUAAAAACGCAAUCGCUUCGCGCCAUUGUUCCGCGCACACACGCGCUCGACGGGAGACGGCAGAUGCAUCCGGUUCCAGACGGACUCUGUGCCGGGUUUUCGUUCCUUCCUCUUCAGAUCAAUGAAGUCGCAUCGCCGAACUCCUCGCGCACAGAGAGCGAGCGGCGCGGCGCGUCAGUCAGUCAGAGGAACCGCCGCGUGCGUCACGACCGGGAUCGAGGAUGGAGAAUCGUGCUGUUUAACGGCUCGGUAACGCUCGCGCUGAUCGUUUCCAUUCACGGGGGCGCAAGAUCCUCAAUCGCGCGGAUUGAUUGAUUGAUUAAUAGCGGAUUUUGCAGUGAUUUUGAGCAUCAUGGGCUGCGUCACUGGAGAUAUUCACCGGAGCAGGCUUUACGCGCUCCUCAUCGGGCUGCAUGUUCUCAGCGGUGUCUCCAGAACGCACGGCUCGGACGCCCGGCGGUCUUUCGUGGAGCUGCGGUUCGUGCUGGAGCCUCAGGACUCGGUGACGGUUCGGGGCGGUGAGCUGCAGCUGGACUGCGAGGCGCGCUCGGAUCAGGGCGUUCCGGUCAUCUCCUGGAAGAAGGACGGUGUUCUGCUGAGCUCGCUGGUGGACGAUCGCAGACGGCUGCUGUCUAACGGGUCGCUCCUGGUGCAGAGCGUGCUGCACUCGCGUCACCACCGGCCGGACGAGGGCUCGUAUCAGUGCCUGGCCACGCUGGAGGGCCUCGGAGCCAUCGUCAGCCGCACCGCUAAAGUCACCGUCGCCGGUCCUCUGCGUGUGGUGGUCCCCACCGAGUCGGUCUCGGCUCAUCUGGGUGACACGGCUCUUCUGCGCUGUGAGGUGACCGGUGAGCCCAUGCCCGUGGUGCGCUGGCAGAAGAACAGGGAGGACCUGCCCUUGACCUUUGACCCUGACAGCAGAGUGGUCAUCCUGCCCUCUGGAUCUCUGCAGGUCAGCAGGGUCCAGCCGCCGGACUCGGCCACAUACCGCUGCUUAGCAGAGAACCCCAGCAGCUCCCGCACAGGCACAGACGCAGACCUGCGCGUCAUACCGGAGCCCGGGGUAGAGCGAGCGCUGAUGUUCCUCCAGAGGCCUCAGAAGGUCACGGCUCUACAGGGCAGAGAUGCGGUUCUAGAAUGUUCCGCCUCCGGCUUCCCCAACCCGUCCUUCUACUGGAUGAGAGGAGACGAGCUGGUCCAGAGCAGAUCAAAGAAGUACUCUCUCCUGAGCGCCAGCAACCUUCUGAUCAGCAGCGUCACAGACGACGACUCGGGAACAUACACCUGCGUCGCUCACAACAGACAGCAGAACAUCUCGGCGUCCUGCGAGCUCUCCGUGCUCGUGCCGCCUCAGUUCCUCAGCUACCCGUCGAACACGUAUGCGUAUGAAAGCACGGACAUCGAGAUGGAGUGUGCCGUGACGGGAAACCCACAGCCCACCGUCCGCUGGGUGAAGAACGGAGAGGCCGUCAUUCCCAGCGACUACUUCCAGAUCGUGGAGGGCGGUCAUCUCCAGAUUCUGGGUCUGGUUCGCUCAGAUGAGGGUUUCUAUCAGUGCAUCGCUGAGAACGAGGCGGGAAACAGUCAGGCGAUGGCUCAACUCAUCCUGCUGCAGCCCGUGACCCCGAGCUCAGGCGUCCUCCCCUCUGCUCCUCGUGAUGUGGCCCCUGUCCUCGUGUCCAGCCGCUUUGUGCGCCUCGGCUGGCGGCCCCCAGAGGAGCCGCGCGGAACUAUCCUGACUUACUGCAUCUUCUUCUCAGAGGAGGGAAUCAACAGGGAGCGCAGUGUGAACGUGACAGAGGCCGAGAGUCUGCAGCUGACGGUCAGUAACCUCAGACCCGAGGCCAUUUACUCCUUCAGGGUGGUGGCGUAUAACGAGCAGGGGCCCGGAGAGAGCUCAGAGGCCAUCCGACUGUCCACGCAAGCCGAGCUUCUGGUUCCUGGUCCAGUGGAGAACCUGCGGGCAGAAGCUGCGUCUCCAACCUCCAUCCAGACGUCCUGGGAUCCUCCGUCCCACACCAGCGGCCCCAUCCAGAGCUACAGACUGCUGUGGACCGAGACCUCCACCGCAAAAGAGCAGAACGUGGAGGUGGUGGGUCAGAGCUACAGGAUGGAGGGACUGAAGAAGUUCACCGAGUAUUCGUUACGAGUGCUGGCGGUCAAUCGACACGGACCGGGCCUCUCCGAUACAGACAUGCUCAUCACCACGCUCUCAGACGUGCCCAGCGCUCCACCGCAGAACAUCUCACUGGAGGUCGUCUACUCACGGAGCAUUAAGGUGAGCUGGCAGCCUCCACCUGCAAACACACAGAACGGAUUCAUCACCGGAUACAAGAUCCGCCAUCGCAAAACAGGCCGGCGGGGGGAACAGGAGGCCAUCGAACCCAACAACCUCUGGUACCUGUUCACCGGAUUGGAGAAAGGCAGCCAGUACAGCUUCCAGGUGGCAGCCAUGACGGUCAAUGGCACGGGGCCCAGCAGCGAGUGGCACACGGCCGAGACGCCAGAGAACGACCUGGACGAAACUCAAGUUCCCAACCAGCCGAGCUCUCUGCACGUGCGUCCGCUGCCCAACAGCAUCAUCAUGAGCUGGACGCCGCCGCUCAACCCCAACAUCCUGGUGCGCGGCUACAUCAUCGGCUACGGAGUGGGCAGCCCAUACGCCGAGACCGUGCGAGUGGACAGCAAGCAGCGCUACUACUCCAUCGAGAACUUGGAGCCCAGCUCUCAUUACGUCAUCUCUCUGAAGGCCUUCAAUAACGCGGGUGAAGGAGUUCCUCUGUACGAGAGCGCCGUCACCAGAUCCAUGUCAGACCCCUCAGACACGUCCGAUGACGAUCUGUUCCAUCUGUUUGAUAAAUUCCCAACCCCGAUCCCAGAUUCGUCCACGCCCAUGAUUCCUCCCGUAGGUGUGCAGGCCGUGGCGCUCACGUCCGACUCGGUGCGGGUCAGCUGGGCUGAUAACUCCAUUCCCAAAAACCAGAAGACCUCGGAGGUGCGCUACUACUCCGUCAAGUGGAAGACCAGCCACUCCACCAGCAGCAAAUACAAGUCGGCUGAUACUACAGCUCUCAGUCACACUGUCACUGGACUGAAGCCCAACACCAUGUAUGAGUUCUCUGUUAUGGUGACUAAAGGACGCAAGUCCAGCACGUGGAGCAUGACGGCACAUGCCACCACUUAUGAAGCAGCACCAAGCUCCGCCCCAAAGGACCUGACUGUGAUUGGCCGAGAGGGACGUCCACGAGCCAUUCUGAUUAGCUGGCAGCCGCCGCUGGAGGCCAACGGACGAAUCACAGGUUAUAUCCUGUACUACACGCUGGACAAGAACAUGCCCAUCGAUGACUGGGUGAUGGAGCCCAUCGGAGGAGACCGCCUCACACACCAGGUCAUGGACCUCAACCUGGACACCGUCUACUACUUCCGCAUCCAGGGCAAGAACGCUAAAGGAGUGGGGCCGCUGUCGGAGCCCGUGCAGUACAGGACGGCCAAAGUUGAGCAUCCAGAUAAGAUGGCCAAUGAUCAAGGUCGUCAUGGAGACAGCGGUUACUGGCCUUCUGACAAUAACCCGAUUGACAUGAGCAGCCUGAACGAGCCUCCGAUCGGUCAGAUGCGGCCGCCUCAUGGCAGCGUGACGCCGCAGAAGAACAGCAACCUGCUGGUGAUCAUCGUUGUUUCUGUGGGAGCCGUGACUGUGGUGGUGGUGGUGAUUGUUGCCCUGAUCUGCACCCGCCGCUCAUCCGCAGAGCAGAGGAAGAAACGUGCGACACACAGCACUGGGAAACGAAAGGGCAGCCAGAAAGAUCUACGACCUCCUGACCUCUGGAUCCAUCAUGAGGAGAUGGAGCUGAAGAACAUAGAGAAACCCUCGAGCUCCGCCCCCUCCGACCGCGAGUCGCCAAUCCAGAGCUGCCAGGAGAUGGCACCAGUCAGCCACAGCCAAUCAGAGAGCCAGAUGGGCAGCAAGAGCAGCCACUCAGGUGCAGACGGGGAUGAGGCUUCCAGCAGCAUUUCCACGUUAGAGCGAUCGUUAGCUGCCCGCCGGGCCACGCGCACCAAGAUGAUGAUUCCCUUGGACUCUCAGCCCAGCAACACACCGGUGGUCAGUGCCAUCCCAGUUCCCACACUGGACAGCAGUCAGUAUCCGGGCAUCCUGCCGUCACCCACCUGUGGAUUCACCACACACCCCAAAUUCACCCUGCGGCCCAUGCCCUUCUCCACACUGAGCGUCGACCGCAGUUACGCUGCCGCAGAGGGCGCUGCUCCAAUGGCCCCGCAGCAGCCGCAGCCGCUGAUCCCCACGGCGCAGUCGGAGCCAUCGGGGUUGGAGGAGAUUCCCAGCCGCACCAUUCCGACCGCUUGUGUGCGGCCCACGCAUCCCCUGCGCAGCUUCACCAACCCACUCCUGCCUCCACCCAUGGGCACCAUCGAGCCCAAGGUCUACACGCCCAUGACAGGCGGGAGUUUACCCAAACCACAGGUGAAGACGGCCUCUCUGGGUCAGGCUGGGAAGGCCCGCUCUCCGUUACUGCCUGUGUCUGUGCCCACCGCUCCAGAGACGGGUGAAGACGGACAGAAGCAGACAGACGACCCGGCCAGCAUAUACGAGCAGGACGAUCUGAGCGAGCAGAUGGCCAGUCUGGAAGGUCUGAUGAAGCAGCUCAAUGCCAUCACGGGUUCAGCCUUUUAACGCAGAACCUCUGAUUCACCUCAACCCCUCCAACGGGAUUAUAAAGGGAAAAUGACUCCGAAACGAAGCGUCUCUUUUCUAACACUGUCUGAGAUUUCAUACUGGUUUACGUACACGGCUGAGUGAAUCCAUCAGGAGGAAGACUGUGAGGAUUCCUGAGCUUCAUCUACUGACGGAAACCUUUCCCAUGGGAUUAUUAGCGAUUCAUCUCAAAACAGACCAAGUUGCCAAAAUGCAAUCUUUUCACUGACAUCUUGCCAAUCUAUUGCUGCCAAAACCCCUUGAAUACUCUUCACCAGGGAACUGUACGUUCACACUAGGAAGCGGUCGGAUGAAGCCGAGAAGAUGGGAUCGUUUAGCUCACGCAGCACUGAUUUAUGUUGUUGAUUGUUUGUUGUGUCUCUUUGUGAAUCUCAUAUUGGUUUAUUAUUUGACCGCAGUGACACUGUAAACCCCUGCGGAGUGCUCUUAAGUUCACGCUAUGUAUUUCAUCUCCAUCCAGGGAGAAAUGAACCACUUGUGCUGCCAAAACUGAUUUUCUUCCUCAGUAUUUUUGCAUUGUUUUCCGGUGAAAAUAUCUGAAUGUUCUUAAAUCAAGGUGCAUUUACUUGAGAAGUAAAAUGGCAUCAUAUAACAAGUCUUCUGUUCUGAUAUAGACGUAAAUAUGAAGUCUACACUUACACUAGAAGGGGGGGGGGCGCGUUUAUCUUUCUGAACCCAUCUACAGAUAUAUUUUUUCCUGUUUUAAGCUUUUGUUUUUUAAAAUAAGUCUUUUUUUCUCCAGGAAAAAAAGUGCACCAAAAAAACUAAACAAAAUCAAAUACAUUUUUCAGUAUAUUUUAAAAUAUUCAAAAAAAAUGUUUCCAAAAAAAAAAAAUCUGUAUUAGCAUAAAAAUUAGUUUGGCCCUUCAUAUAUUUUUAUCACAGAAAAUGCAUUCACAUUUCACACUUGUAGAGAAAAAAUUACACGUGAACAUUUGAUAAAAAAAAAUGUAGCUACUGUAAGAUUCUAAAUAUAUUUUCUUGCCCCUGAAAUACAUUUUGAAAUAUAUAUUUGGUAUAUGAAGGUUGAAUACUAAUAUAUUUUCAAUAUUUUGUUUAUUGUUUACAAUAUAUUUUGGCCAGCAUUUUCCCCCCUUUUUGAAUUUUUAAUGUUGGUAUAUUUGUACUGGAAAGCAAGUGAAAUCACUGAAGAAGAAACAGUUUUGUGGUCUUGUGUUGUUUGUGCUGUGACCGUGGUCAGUCGGUCAGCGGAGGAUGAAAAGGAGGACAAACAUGACAGGUGACUGAAUUCAUGCUAAUGUGACGCCUUUGAGACAUUUAAACCAUCAGCUUUCUGCUUUUUCCAUUUAUCUCUUUUUUCCUUUAAUGUCAGGAAGCACGAACAAGUCUUUUUAUGUGCCUAUAUAUAUUUUUGUUCACUUUAUUUAUUUGCUGUGCUGCGAGACAAAAGAUGGACGAUGAAUGGAGGAUGAAAUGCGACCCUAUAUUUGAUAUUUUUCUGCUAGCGUACAGAUCCUGUAGCUGUUUUUUACUGUACAUAUGCAGCGAGCGACUGAUGGAUGGUCAUGGACUCGUUGGGUUUCUACGAUAUAUAUUUAAUAUAUGGUUUAGAUUGUUCCUUUCACAGUCAUUUAUGAAGACGAUGUGAUUAAUUCUAGAGCUUUUAUUUAGUCCAUUAGGAGAAUAAAGGAGGAGGAAUUCUGGGACGGAUUUUCACUGUGUUUCUGAAGGAAGAUGCUUUGCUUCAGCAUCGUAACACAUGUUGGGUGUCUGAUGUGUUCUGUGUGUCACGUUACAUGUGAUCGACAACAUUCCUGACGUCUGGAUUCUCCCACAAUCUUGAGCGUUCUCAUUCCCUCACAGUCCGUUCAUCUUUCUCACAGUGACGAUUCACCGUUAAAUAAUGUCAUUCAUUUAAAAAACAAAGCUCUUUUCUACAUCUGAUAUCAUAAUUGGUACUUUGUAAUCUCUCAAUUCGGACUUUUUUCCUGCAAUUAUGAGUUUAUAUCUCACAAUUCCUUUUUUCUUACAGUUUUCAGAAGUGAAAAUGUGUCAUAUUACACAUUCUUUUUAUUUAUUUAUUAAUUAUUAGUUCAUUUCCUGGUGAAGACAAUACAAGCAUCAUAUGACUGAGUUUUUCAUACCUCUAUCUGUGUAGAACUGAGCGGCGUUGGCAUGGUUUGUGUCAUACGGGGUUAAACAUCAUUCAUUUCCCAGAGACUCUUCCUGUAGUUGAGCAGUGCCGGGGCUGAUGGGAUUGAUCCUGAUCAGCUGAUCAUUGGUGUGUCUCAGAAUCACCUUCAUGCAGUGACUAAUUAGUGGUGUUAAUGAUAGAAUCAGAAGGCAGCGUUCAGGAACAUGAGCAGACGUGUUAGAUCUUCUCUGCUCGCGAGAGGAGGAAUCAUUCUUAUGUGUAUUUUACUUCAUCCUUAAAUUGUCCAAUGUUAGCGUCGUUAACCAAAUUAGAGUAGUGAUUGAGAUCUGAAAUGCGGUUUUCCAGCCGCUGCCGAGUCGAACCCUCCGGCUGUUUCUACCCAUCACGUUGUAUACGAUUACUGGUUUUGUAAUGCACUGUAGAACAGUCCAAUGUUCCUUUUUAUAUAGAAAUGUUAUUUGAAUGGUGCAUUCUUUUUGUUUGAUAAAUAAAGCCUUUGA